AAAAUAUGUAUUUUAUAAUUCGAAAUAUUCGUACAUUUAGAUUAAAUCAGUAUACAACGGCUUUAAUAUCCACAGUUUGCGUCACUAUUGCGUCCAACUGAACUCGCUGUGAGUUCCGGGUUCGGUUGAAGUUGCUCUUAGAGAUUAGUCAUACAGAGUGAUAUGCAAACGCGACCGCCCGUUGCAAUAUGCAUUGGAAAGUGAAAUGUUGCGUUUCACCCAAUCAACCGAUCGGUGGGGGUCGUAGGCUGUGGCGAAGAUGUAGGGAUCACGCUGUUUAUGGGUGCCUGACCCACUAACAUUCUCCUCAGUUACUCGGUAACGGCCUCGAUAAUCCAUAGAGUAUCUCUCGGUAAAAGAACGUGUGAAAUUACAUCAGUAUUAUACACACAUUUGAUAAUUUAAUAAUAAAAAAAAGAUGCGUCGAAAUCGCGGUCUCCUGUUAUCGCUUUCGACGUGUCUGACGAUAGUCUUCGUCGUUCUGAAUACGCGAUCAUCCACAGAAUUACUCGGGUCCGCGAUUACCACCGAGAAACGCAGCGUGUUGAAGAAACAGGAAGUGUCACGUGCCGAUGAUCGAUGGAUUACUCGUAGUCAGACGCAUCGAUACAUUACUCCGUCCCUCGCCGAAUUGGGAGAGUUGCCAUACAAGCACAAGCAUAUUCUCAUGUUGACACGCAUACCCGGUGCGGGUGGCGAGUUGAUGGUGCUGAUCUUGCAGCGAUUACAAGGAUACAAUGCUUUCAAACAUAUACGUCUGCCGCCGGGCGACAACGGGCUUUUGUCAAGUUCACAGCAGGAAUUGUUGAUAGAAGAGAUUACGAGUAUCAUCAGACAAGAAGCUAUUCCCUUAACUUUCGAUGGGGAUGUAAGGUUCCUAAAUUUCUCGGAAUUUGGACGGCAAGGACCUACCUUUAUAUCUUUAGUGAGAGAUCCCUUGGAUCUACGAAUUUGGGAAAAGUAUAAAAAAGGAGAGAAAGGGAUGCAUUAUUAUGGAAUUAUACCUUAUUUUUGUGGACAGGAUCCGCGUUGUGUGGAACAAAAUAAAACGUGGGCAAUGGAGCGAGCUAAAGCAAAUGUUAUUCGAUGGUAUCCUGUUGUUGGUAUAUUAGAUUACAUGGAGGAGACACUAAACGCGUUUGCAGGUGAAUUUCCCUAUUUUUUUAAGGAUGCUAUCCGUGUCUAUGAUCAUUUCCGACCAAAAGAGAAGCAUCCGGCCAUUUCUUCGGCAACUUCAAGGCUACGAAUCAAAGACGCAGCCUUGAGAAAAGUGCUUGCACAAGAGGUAGAAUUUUAUCAAUGGCUGAAAUCUCGACUUCUCAAUAAAACAUUCAACAAUGGAUGAAAAUACUAUCCGAUGAAGAUAGAUAUAAAUCAACUGCAAUUAAAUAAAUCUUAAAUAACAAUCGUGAUAAAUUUUCCGCGUUAAAAGGAAAUUAAAACGAAAAAAAAAUUUUUAAAGUCUCUUAUGAUUUCGUAAUUAUUAUACCAAAGAAACAAAUGUGAACUUUUCGUGCCAUCUAGAGGUUGAUUCUGUAAACACAUAAACCAUCCUACGUAGAGGAUAAAAUCGUUGGCGACUAAGUUUUACGUGUGCAAUUUUUUAUCGAUUGUAGCGCAUCUUGUCAGAAUAAUUAAUUAUUAAUGUUACUACAACUAGCAAUAGAGCGCAUUCGCAAAUGACGAAGCCGCUACAAUCCUUUUACGUCAAUGUAGUUUAAUAUUUGUAGAAUAAAUACAGAAGAGUACAAAGAAAUGCUUUACGUACAUGUCGACCCCUUUCUUUUCAUUCUCUUUUCCUUUCUCUGUCAGCACAUUUUCACAAAGAUAAAAAGUGAAAAAUAAUAUAGAUAAAAUGCGAUCUACAUAAUCUAAUUAUGUACACGAAAAUAAAUGUGAAAAUGCUACCUCUUUCUUUUGCAUAGACAAUAUUGUUCUUUAUAAAAAAAAUUACAUGUGUACAUUCGAAUUGUUCUCUAC